UCGGUGACCAGGGUUGCUGAUUUAUGCAUGAGAAAACGCUCAUGGGAAAUAAAUAUUAGCGGAAAACGUCCGCUCUGGGUUUCCGUAGUUUAUUUAUAUGCAUCAUGUAAAACUCGACUUUCUUUCUUGCAGGUUUUGUCCUUACGAACAUAAAAACAUUUUGUUUUGUUUUGUUUUGUACUGUAGCGGAAGGUCCGCCUCGCGCCCCUCCCUUCGGUGGAUGUCUGCUUCCUAAACUCUGAUUUCCUGUCAGCCUGAAGGUAAACUCUGGAAGUUAUUCGGCUCUAGCAGCAAUGACAACCUCGUACCUGGGCGAUUAAAGCAAACUUGCGGUCAUGUGGAGACCUACCUCCGGCGGACUGAUGAAGUUUCUGGGCGCCUCGAUAGUUCUUCUUCUGUUCGCCCACAUCCUGCUGGGUUUAAUGAGUAAAGACCCGGCCGAAGGGAGGCCUGCCACUCCAGAUAAGCAGCAGCGCCGCCUCCGGUCCCACCUCCCGUACCGAUACGUCCUGAAUUCGGCAGGGCUGUGCAGGGACAGGACUCCCUUCCUGGUUUUCAUGGUGCCAGUCGCGCCUCGUCAGACCGCAGCGCGAGAGGCUAUAAGGAAAACAUGGGGGGCUCCGAGUCCCGAUACCUUGACCCUGUUCUUUACAGGACUUCCAAAGGUGGAGGAGCUGCGCCCCCUGCAGGAGGAGCUGGAGCAGGAGAGUAGGCUGUACGCAGACAUAAUCCAGAUGGACUUCAUGGACUCUUACCAGAACCUAACCCUGAAAACCUUGAUGAUGAUGAAGUGGCUGGGGACCCACUGCCCCAACGCCCUCUUUGCCAUGAAGGUGGAUGCUGACAUCUUUGUGAAUGUUUUCCACCUCAGAGACCUCCUCAGAACCUCCCCCAAGAGGGGCUUCAUCACUGGCUCAGUAAUCUGGGAUGGCAUGCCCAGGAGGGACCCCAGCAGCAAGUGGUACCUGUCAAAGGAGCUGUACCCAGAGGACAGCUUCCCCCCCUAUGUAUCUGGAGCUGGGUACGUGUUCUCCUCCGACCUGGCGGGCCAGAUCUCUUGGGCUUCCACAUAUGUACAUUUGAUACCCCUGGAAGAUGUUUAUGUAGGCCUAUGUCUGCGAGUUCUUGGGGUCCGGCCUGUCUACUCCCGCAGCCUUUUCAGGAACUAUUUUGAAAUCCAGAAGUUGGAGUAUGACAGGUGCACUUUUGCUCAACUCAUCAUCGUCAACAAGUUCAAGCCUUCAGAGCUGCUGCAGGUUUGGCCCGACUUCUCCAAAGGUCACACCAACUGCUGAACUAUUGUUUACUUCACUGAUUUAAAAAAAAAAGAAAAGAAACAAAGCCAUAAAUGGGCAGGGAAGCAGGUGUGGAUGGGACUGAUCAAGCAUACGCUGCUAAAAGAUGAAGGCAGAGAAAGUUUUUGUCUGUGUGUGAGUGUCUGUUAGUGAAAUAUGGAGAGCUUAUAAUGUAACCUUCAGGACAAACAUAACAUGAUGUACAUUUACAGCUCAACCCCAUCAAAGAAAGCUGCCACAGCGAACGCCUUCAAAUACACAAAAAUGGCUACAAAUCAGCGAGUUACAGACGGACCUAAGCUCCAGUGUUGUUGUAGCUUAACGUCAUCCUUCACCCAUACUUUGCCUUCCAUGAUAAUCUGCCAAUGCUAAUUAAUUAAAACAGUAGCUGUAAGCUAAAAUGAUGUAAAAAAAAAAAGGUUAAAGAUGAGGUGUGCUCUAGUAGAUUCUGCAAGAUUUUUCAAGGAUUUGAAGAGAUUUAAUAUUUCAAAGAGUAGUCACAUCUGUGGUUUCCUGAGCAAGCUGAAUGUUAUCGUAUUCUUUUAGAAAGUGUGUUGAAGUAGUUACAAUCCAACAUAAAAAAAAAAACAGUGACUUAGCAUUCACACGAUUCAGUUCUUGAGUGCAGAUCCAGGAGUUAGAAGGAAACUUUCUGAUUAGAAACUGUUCAGAGAAAAUGGGCAAUUUAAAAAUGCUUUUUCAGAAAGAUGCCACGGCCACUUUUCUCUUGUUUCCGAUGUUUGACCCCAGAAUGAUCAGCUGAUUAUGGCCUCAAUGAAUGAACUCUGAAUGCAUUUAUCUGCCAAAUAGUUUCUAUAAUUUUAUUGAAAGUUUCAAAUGAUUUCUAUAGUUUGAUUAAAGCCAAACAUUUUCAGAUUUUUCAAAUAUUAGAUCUUUUAAAUGUUAUUUAGGUGCAACUUCAGUCACUUUACUUAUUUCUCAGCUGUCAUAUUUAUUGUCCACUGCCAUGAAAGAAUAAAAGAAAGGCAAUGA